AUGGCUUCCAAGGCGGCGGCCUUCCGAGGGGCUGACACCAAGGCGAUCGGGGCUCCCAACCAAACACUGUAUUGCACCAACCUCCCAGAUAAGCUUCGCAAGCUCGACCUCCGAUUGUCGCUCUACACCCUCUUCUCCACCUACGGCACCGUUCUCGAUGUCGUGGCCAUGAAGACGAGUAAAAUGCGCGGACAGGCCCAUAUCGUCUUCAAGGACGUGCAGGCCAGCACACAAGCCAUGCGCGCUCUCCAGGGCUUCGACUUUUUCGGCAAGGAGAUGAAAAUUGUCUAUGCUAAAGGUACAUCAGCUAUCUUAGCCAAGCUUCGCGGCACGUACACUGCUCCCGCCGGCGGUGCUGGGCCGAGCGGAGUUUCGACAGAUCUUCAGAAGUCUAUCUUCAGUGGGCCACCGGGCGCGAUUCCCGCUCGACACGCGACUGGGGCGAACGGAGAGCCGCAGGGUGUGAAGCGGCCUCGUCAGGACGAGAGUGAUGAAGAAGAGGCCCCAAUGGAAGAGGAUAGCGAUGUGCCCAUGGAAGCCUCCUCUGACGAGGAUUAA